GCUGGAGUGAAACCGUGCAGUUCACAGCGCGAGUGGACAAGUGGAGACUAUUGGCUUCGGUAGUAAGAAAAACAUCUGUAUUAGUACUAAAGGAUACAGUUGAAACGUUUCACAUGGGGAGCUAAAGAACAAAAUGACGUGUAUGCGUUACACUAUGUUACUGUUCUCAGUUGUGGAGUUAUUGUUGUUUGGAUACACAGCUGGUUUGUCGCGUGCUGUACGCGAUGAGAACGCGUCUUCAGGCGCGAGACUCCCGCGUGCUGUGCUGGAUGAGACGUUGGAGACGACCACCAUCCCAAACCACUUACAGGAGGACGACAGGGACUCCAGGUUUUCACCUUUCACCCCCACAAUGACCAUCACAUCCAGGGACUUGAGGACCACUGGUACAGCUAACCAACUACAGCCCGUCUGGCUGACCACCACGGCUGCGCCUCUGACCAAAACAAUGGACCCAACCUCCAAACGCAGUAAAGUCAAAGAAAACUCCACAACACUACAGUACAAUAACAUUACAGUAAAACCUAAUUCUUCCAAUCCAUUAAGUGGCACAAAAAACACAACACCACCUGCACUGGAUACAGCAAACAGUUCAUGGACAGUGAAAAGCACCUCAAAGCCUCUAGUCGUGACCACUGAGAGAGGACUUCAGUGCAACUGUAGUGCUGAGGGUUCAGAGGACCAAGAUGUCUGUGACCCUGUCACAGGUCAGUGUGCAUGUCUACCUGGAUACACGGGUCACCGUUGUGAUGAAUGUGCCGAUGCGUAUUUCACCAACGGGACCAGCGGCUGCCAGGCCUGUGACUGUGACUCCUAUGGAGCCAUGAGUCGACUCUGCAAUAGUUCAGGCAUGUGCAUCUGCAAGAUUGGAGUGCAUGGGGACAAGUGUGAUGACUGCCGCCCAGGCUUCUCGCACUUCAGCAGCACGGGGUGCCAACCAUGCCAGUGCAGUAAUCAUAGCAGCUACUGCCACCCACAGUCAGGCAACUGCGUGAACUGCCAAGGCAACACCGAAGGACCCAGCUGUGAGAAGUGCAGGUAUAAUUUCUACCGAAGGCCCGUUUCCCCUGUGUCAGAGCCCUGCAUCCCCUGCCCCUGCUCCAGUGUCACCUCCACAGGCAGCUGUAAGCUCGACUCCAACGGCCAGCCUUUCUGUGUCCAGUGCAGGCCGGGGUACCAGGGUCCCAACUGUGAGCAGUGUAGUGAUGGCUACUACAACGCCGACAGCAUCUGCCUUCCCUGUAACUGCAGCGGGAAUGGAGACCCCCGCAUAUCCCCUCGGACCUGUCACCCGGACACGGGCCACUGUCUGAGCUGCAUCAACAACACUACGGGGCCGCACUGCGAACGCUGCGCAGAGGGCUUCAGAGGGGACGCGCUCGCCAGGAACUGCACUCCUACAGUCGCCCACACUACUCCUUCAACCACUACCCACUGGUUUCACUACACCACCAUGACCUCCAGUCCCAAUGCUACAGCACAAUUCACCACCUUCUCCACAACUUUGCUGAGCAGCCUGGGCAGCUCCACCCCGAACACCACCACCACCACCGUGACUCCUCUCCCGUGGAACCAGUUCAACAUCAUUAUCCUGGCCGUCAUCAUCAUAGUUGUCAUUGCUCUUUUGGCAGUGGUCGGUGGUGUGUACACUUACAGAGAAUACCAGAACCGCAAGCUGAACGCCCCGUUCUGGACCAUCGAGCUGAAGGAGGACAACAUUAGCUUCAGCAGCUAUCAUGACAGCAUUCCCAACGCAGACGUAUCAGGGCUUUUAGAAGACGAAGUUAGUGACAUGGGCAAUGGACAACUCGCUUUGACCGGUCCUGGUAGUUUGUAUAAGGUGUAACUGAUGUUCCCGCACAGAAACUGGGCCGCUGCGACAGCGCUGGCACGACGCUGGGCAGAUUGUGGACCUGUGGAUUUAUUUUUUAAUUUCAUGCUGAUGAACAAAAGACAAGUUUUUCCCAUCAGACUAAUGCAAACACUCACGUAAGCGCUCCAGAGCAAGAAGACAAAAACAUCUAACUGAAAAGCCAAGUUCCUGUCUUAUUGAAGGCCUUGGCCAACUCACAGCUGAACAUGUUGUUGUGCUUCAAAGAAAGAGAAAAGAGGCAGAGACUAAUUCACUAAUGUGUGACAGAAUACUAGACAGAGAAGCAUGUCUGAUUGAGUAUUAAUACAGCGACCAUGAGACAUGCAUGACAUUUCAUCACACAUGGAUUGAUCAGUCAACUGCAUCUGCUUAUUAACAUUAUUUGCACAUUUGCAUACUGGCAGUUACGUCCAUUCACACGUUCCCUUUGCUGUUUUAAAUGCACAGAGUGGACAUUAGUUUUCAACAAACUCAGGAUGGAUAUCAUUUUGGGAUUUGUGUGUGUGUGUGUGUGUGUGUGUGUGUGUGUGUGUGUGUGCGCAAACCACACCAUUUUUAGUGUCGCUUCUUUCAUGCUCUUACAUGUGCAGGACUUUAGGGGGCGCCGUUACACUGGACCUGGCAUAUGGAGCAGGCCUGUGUAUUAUGCAAUGGAAAUACAUAAUACUAAAUGGCAGAUGCUGAAUGACUUCUGCGUUUAUUUUUGCAGGCACUUUCCUGCCAAAGCAAAUUGCAAGAAGGGAUGAUUUGUUUUUAAUCAGGCCAAAGAGGAUCUGUGUGUCAGUCUCAGAUGGAGAGAGCCUGACUAAUUCUUGUCACAGUUUUACAGCGGUAAAGUGGAUUUAGAAGACUGUUUCAUGGUGUAUGGAAUUGUACUUUUUUUAUUUAUUUUUCAGGAAUUUUCUCCUUAAUCCACUCUUCCUUCGUGACUUAUCACCAGCCACCUGUGGAAAGGUGCCAGCCUUGAUGUGUGGACUUGACACAACUUGUCUCGCUGGGAGAGUUUAAGUUUUGGUUAAUUUAUUUGGACGAACCUCUCUCUCAGAUCGAUGGCUUAGGGUUUAUGCAUGAGUUGCAGAGGAGGGGAACAAAUAUGAUCAGAUGAGCAAUAAUCCCUGAUGGGUCUAACAGCUGAACUGGACAGUAAACAAUCACUGCCAUUUGUGUAGCACAGGCGAAAACAUGUUGAGCAAACGGUUCAUGAUGAGUAAGUACACGUUUGAAUGUGUGGGUGCUGAACAUGGUAAUCUAAUAUAUUAUUAUUAUUAUUGGAGUUGGAUGAAAGAGUACAAAAUGUCGUGUCAGUCAGUAAAAGGUGUAAAAAAAAAAAGGGUGUGUAUGAAUGAGUCUGUUCUUGAUAGGCGAUGGCCUGAACUUGAAAACAAGAGCAAUAGUUCCUCUGUGAUUGUAUGUCAAACGACUCUUGGGAUAUCUACUUUUAGCUCCCUCCCUAUUUCCACCAUUCCGAAGCUGUCUUUAUCCAAGGUGUGUUGGUACAAAACAAUGUAAAUAUUAGAUGUACAGAACGGUUGUCAUGAGGUGGCUGCUAUCGUAUUGGUACAUAUGGCGACGGGUCUUGUUUCUGUGACCAGCAUACUCGUGCGCAUACACAGAGACUGCUGGCGCAAUGGUGUCUUAAUCUCACGUAUGCAUUGUGCAGUAUGCAUGGUGCACUACAUUCACAACUAACUCUGUGAAAGAUUUCAAUAAAGUCAGUUUUCCAAUAA